UCAAACUUGCUUUGGUAGCACUUCCACUUUAUAGGGAUUGGCCGCACUUGCCCCUGCAUGCAACCCUCAGGAUUUAGGCAAUUGGAUUGUAUUUAUUAAACAUUUGCGGCUUUUGUUUUGAUUUCGAUCUCCUUCUACAUUCGGUGAAAAUUUGAAUUCAGACAAUUUUGCAAUCAUGUCCACCAAGAAGGAUAUUUUAUAUGAAGUGGAUCGAAACCAAAAGCGCAAAUCAAAUAUAUACAAUGCCGAUAAAGAAACAACUGAGGAUGCUACCGUGAAUGGCGGUUGUCCAAUGGAAACAUUUCAACAACAGGCUUUAGAAAUACGAGAACCCGGUCUUGAUUUCGAUCCCUCUGUAGCACCAAAAGACGGCGAUGAAUAUCUUAUGCAUAUGUUGUAUGAACGAAAAAAGUGUCCAGCCGUAAUGGUACGGGAGCCGAACAAGUGUAAAAAGAAUAGAACUGCCGCUGCUUUGGCCGAAAAUUUCAAAGAUGAAGACGAACCUUUGAAAUCUAUCGCAUAUAACGGAAUACUGCCUACAAAAGAGUGGAAGGACUAUCAGAUUAAAGAUUUUGAAGCUACGCGCGAGAAAAUAGUGCUUCUACGUUUAGAACUGCACAGACAACGAUACGACCAAACGCUGGAACCUCCAUUAAUAGCUGAUCCAGUUGCAUGGCAUCAAUUCUGUCACGACAAUCCACCAUAUCUAAAAACAAUAUUGCGCUUCAGUCAGCGCACCUUAGAGCAACUUUUGGAAUUCAUUUGUGAUUGGCUGCGUGCUGGUGAAGAGAAAGUAGUUUUGGAAAAUAUUUCUUCAGAGGACGACAUAAUGCCUUCGACUUCAAGUGCCGGCUGCAAUGAAAAUAUGAAACCGGUCAUAUUAGAUCUCACAGAUACAAAUGCAUGGUUAGGUACGUGGUUAUAUGGUGCCCUUACCUGCCUACAUAUACCCAUUGAACCAGAGGUGCAUAGUACUUUACGCGACAUAGCACGUGUUUGCAUACGAUUGCGGGGUCGUUUACCAGCCACAGCAACGGGUAAAGCUGUGCCAUACAAUUUAUUCAUACUAUUGAUUGCAAAGGCAUUUGGACAAAUGGACUUUGCCGAAUUCGUUUGAUGAGCCACACUCCAUAUGGACAAUUCCACAAGCAUGUAAAAUAAAUUUUACUAAACGAUGUAGACAAAUAGAAAAGAAAGUUGAAGCAUUAACUAAAAAGUGCAAACAUGCCAUCAUUCAAAAUCUGGAAAGUAGUUUUUAUAUAAGUGAAUAAAAAACAUGUCUAACAUCAUAA